AUGGCUCUUGAGACUCCAGUGUUGACUCAUUAUAUGGUUGCAGGUUACCGUUCCAGAUUGGUUGAAGAGUUCCGGAGGAAGCUUAUAACACUUUUCUUGAAAAAACCGGUUCAAGUUCAACCGGAUAUAAAUUUUACUGGAAAAUGGAGACUUUAUUUCGAUCCUUCUGGUGUCAGAGUAAAAACGGCAGCAGAUAUUGCUAUUUGUCCGAAUAUAAAUCUUAUUCAAGAACCUUUGAAUCCCGGGCCUCCUCCCGGUGAUGCAAAUGCGAUGUUAUGGACUCGACAAGUGCCAGCACCAGUAGGAAGUACACCAUCAACGAAUCCAAGAUUAGCCGGAUGGGAUUUUGGGACUGUACAAUUCAACAGUAAUCUAGCUACUGGUUGUAAUCGCCCAGGCUUGGGUAAUUUCGCAGUAACUAUCCCAGUGUCUGAUGUUUUCUGGGACCCACCAAUCGCGGCAGGAGCUCCGAACUUAGCUAAAUAUACUGUAACAGUCCCUUCUACAGUAAAAGCCCAAAAUUUUGCCAUCGGGUUUGUAUAGAUUACAACAAGUCGUUUUAUCAAGACAAAGUGAAUUAUAGUUCUUGUAGAUCUAUAUUAGAUAUCAAUAAAAUUAUGGACAGUGUUCAUGUCAAGUU